CUGUCGCUGGGAACCGAGCAGAGGAAGGGAAAAUGGCGGACCUCGAAGACGUUACGCUGGACGGGAGACCGCUCCAGUCGCUUCGAGUGGCGGACCUGAAAGCCGCCCUCGAGGAGAGGGGACUCUCGAAGAGCGGACAGAAGAAUGCUCUCAUCAAACGGCUGAAGGGGGCCCUCAUGCUGGAGAAUCUGCAGAGGACCUCCACUCCUCAUAUUGGAUUGCAGCCAAACUCUCAGAUUGGUGAGGAAAUGAGCCAGAACAGCUUCAUCAAGCAGUAUUUGGCCAAGCAACAGGAGCUCUUAAGGCAGCGUCUGGAGCGAGAGGCUCGUGAAGCCUAUGAAACAAAUGAGCAAGAAGACCAUGCAGAAGUUAACAACAGUACGUCGUGUCCUCCAGCCCAGGAUGCCACAUCGGCGAUGGCAGAGCAGCACAAGCCCCCUGGCCCCUCUGGUGGAGAGGGAUUCUUUGGUGCCAUGAACGAGGGGCAGGCUAACAGGAACCAAGAAGCUGACAUGUCUGGCCCACCUGCUUCAGGCUCAGUGGCUUUGCGUGUUCCUAGUGCUGAGCACCGACCAGAGAGGGGUUCUGCCUCCAGCGAUGUUGCAGGUGAUAGCGAUGACGAUGAUAGCGACGAUGGCGAGGAGGACGGCGAAGACGAUGACUGGGACAGCGGAGCUCGGAGGAGAAACCUUAGAGAACCAGCCAGAGUGCCUGCCGUGAGGGAGAGGUCCGGAGUAUCCUGUCAGCCCCAGCAGCAGCACAUCCCCUCCCUUUUAUCCCCUCAACUCCGGCAGCCGACACCUCCUCCAUCCCCACCUCCAGAGUUAUCAUUUCCUUUGCCCGACACCCCCAAGCAGAGCCCACCUAGUCCAGAUGCUGCUCCGGGUAGACGUUCGCCCAGUUCUUCCAGCUCUGGGUCGUCCAGCAGCGGUAGCCGUAGUAGCAGUCCGGAGCCGCAGAGGAGUGGGCACGCUGAGCGCAAGCCAGGCCCUUUGACCCUAUUGGCGCGUAAAAUGGCGUCCGAGGGCGCUUUCUCUGGACCGGGCUGGCAUGGCGCCGAUGGAGAAGGCGAUAGACAGGACAGCAGCUCACCAUCAGCAGCAGCAUUUCCAGGCAGAGGCACUCCAGAGGGUCUGGUGUCUGCCAUCACUCACACUGCAAACACUGCAGGCCAUGUACCAUUUCCAAUGAUCCCAGGCGCCAACCAGGGCGCCCCAGGAGCACAUUCAGCCCAUAUUCAAGUACCUGUGAGUGUACUCAAGGCUGCUGCAGUAGAAGGGAGGGACAGAGCGAAAGAGGCUGAGCUAGAAAGAGAGAGAGCAGCUGAGGCAGAAAGGCAGGAGAGGCUCAGAAAACUUCAGGAGGAGCGCGAGAGAGUUUUGGAGAGGGAGAGAAUUGAGCAGGCGUUGGAAAGAGAAAAGGCUUUGCAGAGAGAGCGGGAGCUUGCUCUAGAACGAGAGAGACAAGAGCGAGAGCAGGCCUUAGCACAAGAGAGGGCCUUGGAGCUGGAGAGGCAAAAGGAGCUUGAAAGACAAAGAGCUCUGGAGCAAGAGCGCCGGCAGCGAGAAAAAGAAGAGAUGGAGAGGCGUGCGAGAGAAGAAAUGGAACGAGCUAAACGAGAACAGGAGGAGAGAGAGAGGGCUCUCGAACAGCAGAGGUUAGAGAAGGAAAGAGCUCUGGAGGCUGAGAGAAAGGAGAAGGAGAGGAUCGCGAGGGAGAAAGCUCUGGAACAGGAACGAUUAGAGAGGGAGCGGAUUGAAAGAGAGAAAGCUCUGGAGCAGGAAAGGAUGGAGAGAGAAAGAAUUGAGAGAGAGAAAGCUCUGGAGCAGGAAAGGUUAGAAAGAGAAAGGAUUGAGAGAGAGAAAGCUCUGGAGAGGGAGAGGAUUGAGAGAGAGAAAGCUCUGGAGAAGGAGAGGUUAGAGAGAGAAAGAAUUGAGAGAGAGAAAGCUCUGGAGCAGGAGAGAUUGGAAAGAGAGAGGAUUGAAAGAGAGAAAGCUCUGGAGCAGGAGAGAUUGGAAAGAGAGAGGAUUGAAAGACAGAAAGCUCUGGAGCAGGAAAGGUUGGAACGAGAGAGAAUCGAGAGAGAGAAAGCUCUGGAGAAACAAAGAAUUGAGAGAGAGAAGGCUCUAGAGCUGGAAAGGUUGGAAAAGGAAAGGAUUGAAAGAGAGAGAAUCGAGAGAGAGAAGGCUCUGGAGCAGGAAAGGUUGGAAAGAGAAAGAAUUGAGAGAGAGAAAGCUCUGGAGAAGGAAAGAAUUGAGAGAGAGAAAGCUCUUGAGCAAGAAAGAAUACAGCGGGAGAAGGCCUUGGAAGAUGAGAGGAUAGCGAAAGAGAAGGCCUUGGAACAAGAGAGACUCGAAAAGGAGAGAGCUUUAGAGCAAGAGAGAGCCAGAGAGCGAGUAGAGAAAGAAAAGGCUUUAGAGCAGAAAAGGUUGGAGAGGGAAAGAGCUCUCGAGCAAGAGCGAUUAGAGCAAGAGAAGAGAGAAAAAGAAAAAUGUGAAAGGGAACAAGCUCUAGAGCAAGAGAGGAUAGAGAGGGAAAAGGCCAUGCAAAGAGAGAGGGAGGAGCAGGAAAGAGCUCUCGAACAGGAAAGGUUAGAGAAAGUCCUGCAGAGAGAAAAAGCGGAGCAGGAGAAAGACAAAGCUAGGAUGGCAGAGAAGGAGAGGGAAAGUCACCUCCCUCCAUCCAAACGUGGCCGUGAGGUUGGUCUCACCCCCCUGCCCGCUCCUCCCCUCUCCACAGGACCAGCCACAAAGUCACCGACAGAGGCAGGAGAGCAGGAAGAUGUCCGCGCUUCCGUGUCCCGGAGCGAAGCCCAGGCUGCGGAGUCUGGUACUCCCUUGUCAUCAACGCCUCUCUCACCACAGUCUUCAUUCAAGAAGUUCCGCUUCUUUAGGGACCCUCAGCCCCAACCCGCAUCCACUUCAGUGGUCAUUAAGCGGCCUCGGAUGUUCUCUGACAGCCCCCAGCCUCGGGUCGAACCCGUCUCGUCACCCACCAGUGUUGCGGGGCGACAGCAAGAAGGACAGUGUCCUUCCACUGAAAAGCAAGGGCCGCUCACGGUUACAAACCAGGCGGUUGCUGCUGCGCCACCAGGAGCUGAAGAUCUUUCUUCGAACGGGUCUGGUGAAAGUCACAAAAAAGAAGGAGCCAUCAGGAUUGUGCCGGAUGAAGAAGACCAGGCAGUUCCAGCAAAGACUGAGCGUGCUGCCACAGAGUCCACAGACAAAGAAAAAGAAGUAAAUGAAACCACAUGUUCUCCAGAGCGGAGAGGAAGAGAUUCAAAGAAGGACGAGAAGCGAAGACGACAGAGAUCAUCUUCCGAUUCCUCUUCCUCUGAAUCAGACUCUGGGUCCUCGUCAUCCAGGUCCUCUGAGUCAUCCUCAUCUUCUCAAGGCAAAGCCCGCCCCACCUCUAAAGGGAGAAGGCAGGAGGGGAAACCUGACAGAGAUUCUUCACCGCUGCACAGGGUGACAGAUGAUGCUCAGAGUUCAAAAGAAACCCCAAAAGCUUCCCCUCACAGUAAAGAGAGAUCUGUAGAGAAGAGAAACGCAACAGCUGAAGAAGAUUCCCACACCAAGAAGUUGUUCGCUGAAGCCCCAGCCAGAGUAGAGCUGCACAGGAAGACAGAGGACAGCGAGAGAGAUGAGGAAAAGGACAAACAAAGGGAGAUGAAGGAGACUGCCAUGGCGGAUCCUGACAAACUUCCAGAGACCACUGAUGAGACACCGAAGGCCUUCUCAGCUCGUAAAAUCUCUCUUAGCAGCAGUAAAUCGUCCCCGGGCCCUGGCAGUGCAGAUGGUGAGCAGGAUGCUGGGACUGGGCCUGGUCGCAAAAGGAGAUGGGGUUCGAGCACAGCCGUCACUGCGAAGAAACCGUCGAUCAGUAUCACCACCGACUCGCUCAAGUCUCUAAUUCCGGACAUCAAGCCGUGUCUCGGCCAGGACGCUGUCGUGGAUCUACACCCGGAGGAAGUCGUCCUCUCCGGGACUGAAGACGAAGAGCGAGAGCACUCCAACCAGGAUCUCCAGAUUCGACGUACUGUCACACAGGUGGUGCAUUUGGAAAAUCAGGAGAAUGGGCAGAAAGAGGCCAAGAGGAGCAGGCUGGAGGAGCUCGAGGAAGAAGAUCUCCAAGUCGACCGAGAAAGGAUAAAGGCCCACGAAGACCCGAUGGAUACCUCCGUUCCUGUAGCCAUGGACAGCCAAUCGCCAACACUUGCCAGCCAUGAUGUAGAAAUUAACACUGUGACCCCCAGCGACACCCUCAUCCGUCGCUCCAUCAGCCAGCAGAAGACGGGCGUCUCCAUCACAAUCGAUGACCCCGUCCGCACAGCCCGGCAGCCCUCGCCUCCUCGCGGCAAAGUCUCCACUAUUGUCCACGUCUGCAAUUUGGUGAGGCCGUUCACUCUGGGACAGCUCAAAGAGCUGCUCAGUAGAACUGGCACUCUGGUGGAGGACGGCUUCUGGAUCGACAAAAUCAAGUCCCACUGCUAUGUUACAUAUUCAACCUCAGAGGAGGCAGUCGCAACACGAGCUGCUCUUCACGGAGUGAAAUGGCCUCAGAGCAACCCGAAAGUGCUCAGCGUCGACUUCUGCCAGCAAGAUGAGUUGGACUUCCACAAAGGUUUGGGUUUGGCCGACCGGCCCGUCCCAGAGGACCCGGGUCCCGGCUCGGCCCGGGGUCGAACGUCGGGCCUGCCGUCUCUCCUCCCCGAGCGAGACCAGUGGGCCGAGCGCGAGCGCGAGAUGGAGCGCAGGGAGCGGGCCCGAGCGGAGCGCGAGUGGGAUCGCGACAAGGUCCGAGAGUUUGGGAAACCCGGAGAGGACAAGGAGGGCGCUCCCCGAAGGUCACGCUCCAGAGAGAGGCGGCGCAAGGAGAGGGGCAAAAGCAAAGAGAAGAAGGCAGACAAGAAGGCAGCCGAGGAUCCUCCUGCGAAGCUGCUUGAUGACUUGUUCCGCAAAACUAAAGCGGCUCCUUGCAUAUAUUGGCUUCCACUAACAGAAGAACAGUUCGUUCAGCGGGAAGCCGCCCGAGCAGAGCGCAAGACGGAGCGCGAGAAGCGGAGGAAGGAGCAAGAGGAGGAGGAGAAGCGGGAGGAGGAGCGAAAAGAGAAAAUGAAAGCCACCGGCGGCGCGGCAGGAGACCGGAGCGAGGGUGAGAAGGACAAAGACAGAGACAGGGAGAGGGACAGAGACAGAGGCCGGGACCGGGAAAGGGACAGAGACAGGGAGAGGGAGCGGGAGAGGGAAAACGACAAACGCAGGGAUGGCUACCGUAGGCCGGGGGGCAGCGGGGCAGGAGGCGGGCGGCGCUCGCGCAGCCGCAGCGAGCCGCGGGAAAGGCGGCGCUAACGGCCAAUCAGCCGACGGAACUGUUCCCAGAGACCGCCCUCCUCCAUUUGCCUUUCACUACAUGUACUUUGUUACUACUCAGAUCCAACAGAGGACCAACUGAUGUCAUGACCAUCUCUUAAAGCCGCCACCUUUUUUAAAGCACAUCUACACCCACAGAUUCUCGCUGAAAGGGGACCAUAUUUUUUGCAGUGUUGUUGCCCAGAGUGCUGUAUGUCUCACUCCUGUCAAGGUUUGAUAUCGUUUUGCUUUAUACGUUUGCCUCUUUUUUUGUUUUUUCUUUCUUUUUGUUUUUGUCUUGACUGCUUAGCAGAAUGCACACUGGGUAAUUUUAAUGAUUUACUCCAGCGUUCCCCCCUCCCCCCCUCUUUUUUUUUUCGCCCAACAGUGUAGGUGCCACUUAUGAUUUGCAAUCACUCGUCGUCGCCUCAGUGUUUUAACAGCUCUGCAAUUCGGACUUUGCAUGUAGUGCAAAGCUACUCUUGCCAGUCCUGCCUAAAAAGAAGACUCGUCCCUCUGUGCGGAGGACCGCAUACAUUUGAGAGAAAGAGAGAGAGAGAAAAAAA